AUGGCGGACCACGAGCUCUCGGCCAUCAGACACUCGGAACAUGUCCUCCUGCCCGGUCCCGGUGCUGACCACGAGGACCUCCGCCCGCCCCAGGAACAACCUCUGCUCCGACUGCCCAACGAGCUGCUCCGCAAGAACUUCCGCUCCGCGCACUUCGCCAUCGAAAAGGACACGACCGCGCUCAAGACGCUGCUGCGGGAGACGUCGGGCCUGGCCCCGCUCAGCCAGGUCCUGCGCAGCCUGGACGCCAUGCUGGUGCGGAUGCGCGGGGUGAAGCGAAAGCUGGUGCUGUACGCCGAGGAGGAGUCCCGGCUCCACGACCAGGCCGAGGCGCGGGUGGCCCACCUCGACCGGCUGUACUCGCACCGGUCCGUCGACGACGUCGGGUACGAGUCGUGGAACCGGCUGCGCCUGGACCGGCUGCUGACCGACUACAUGCUCCGCAAGGGCUACUACGCCAGCGCGCGCCAGCUCGCGUCGGAGCGGUCCAUGGAGCCGCUGGUCGACGCCGACACGUUUGAGCGCAUGGGCCGCAUCGUCGACGACCUGCGCGCCGGCUCCGUCGCCAAGGCCCUGGCCUGGUGCGCCGACAACAAGAAGGAGCUCCGCAAGAUGGACAGCGACCUCGAGUUCACCCUCCGGCUCCAGCAGUUCAUCGAGCUCGUCCGCCGCUCCAGCCUCGCCGAGGCCAUGGCCCACGCCAGGAAGCACCUCGUGCCCCACCGCCUCCACCACCCCCGCCAGGUCCAGAGGGCCUGCGGCCUCCUCGCCGUGCCCCCCGGCACCCCGGCCGCCUCCCUCUACGAGGACCUCUACCGUCCCCGCUGGCGGGACCUCGCCGACAGCUUCACCCGCACCCACAACGCCCUCCUCUCCCUCCCGGACACCCCCCUCCUCCACAUCGCCCUGUCCAGCGGCCUGUCCGCCCUCAAGACCCCGGCCUGCCACGCCCCUUGCACCGACCACCCCCCCGCCGGCACCCCGUCCGCCUCGGUCUCAGCGGGCGUCGACGCCUCCUCUUCCUCCUCCUCCUCCCCCUCCUCUCGUGGCAUCUGCCCAAUCUGCUCCGUCGAGCUCAACGACCUGGCCGCCCACGUACCCUACGCUCACCACACCAAGAGUCACGUUCUGUCCGACCUCGUCCUGCUGCCCAGUGGCCGCACCAGGAGCAGGCAGCUCCUCAUCGACGAGGCCACAAAGGCCGGUGUGGCUCAUGGAUGGGUCAAGGAUUCUGCUAAUGGCUCUCUUGUCCGUCUUGAUGAGCUAAAGAAGGUCUAUAUAACAUGA